AUGAGAAACAAUGAAAGGCGAAGAAGUGUGAGAUUGGGAGAGAAAAGUGGAGCAGUUAAAAGAAUGAAAAGUGGCUUAAGCAGUAAAGCUCUUUUGAUGGCUAAGAUGAUUUCUUGGAGAAAAGUGCAGGAUGAUGACGAAGAAGGGCGAGAGGAUAUUGAUUUUGGUGAUGAAGACGACGUGGUUUGGAAGAGAACAAUUAUUAAAGGCGAGAAAUGUCGUCCUUUGGAUUUUUCUGGGAAAAUUUUGUAUGAUGCUAAUGGGAAUCUUCUGCCAGAUUCACCUCAUCAUCCAUGUUAA